GAGGCUGCGGCUCGGUCAGCUGCGCGAGAGCGGCAGCCGCGGUGUCCCCGGACCUCGGUCGCCGGCGACUACUCUGAGGCGUGAGAGCUGCGUGUCCCGCACCGCCUGCUGGUGUGGCGCGGCCGCCCGGAACGAGGCGGACUUCCCCCGGGGUUGCGCGACAGAGCUGCCGCUGUGCGGGCAAUCAUGGGCUGCACGCUGAGCGCCGAGGACAAGGCGGCGGUGGAGCGGAGCAAGAUGAUCGACCGCAACCUGCGUGAGGACGGCGAGAAGGCGGCGCGCGAGGUCAAGCUGCUGCUGCUCGGUGCUGGUGAAUCCGGGAAAAGCACAAUUGUGAAGCAGAUGAAAAUCAUCCAUGAAGCUGGGUACUCGGAAGAGGAGUGUAAACAGUACAAAGCCGUGGUCUACAGCAACACCAUCCAGUCCAUUAUCGCUAUCAUCAGGGCCAUGGGGAGGCUGAAGGUAGACUUUGGCGACUCAGCUCGGGCGGAUGAUGCCCGCCAACUCUUUGUGCUUGCUGGAGCUGCUGAGGAAGGCUUUAUGACUGCAGAACUCGCCGGAGUGAUAAAGAGAUUGUGGAAGGAUAGCGGUGUGCAAGCCUGUUUCAACAGAUCCCGCGAGUACCAGCUUAAUGACUCGGCAGCGUACUAUUUGAAUGACUUGGACAGAAUAGCACAACCCAAUUAUAUCCCAACUCAGCAAGACGUUCUCAGAACUAGAGUGAAAACUACAGGAAUUGUUGAAACCCAUUUUACUUUCAAAGAUCUUCAUUUUAAAAUGUUUGAUGUGGGAGGACAGAGGUCUGAACGGAAGAAGUGGAUCCACUGCUUCGAGGGAGUGACUGCUAUCAUCUUCUGUGUGGCGCUGAGUGACUACGACCUGGUCCUGGCUGAAGACGAAGAGAUGAAUCGAAUGCAUGAAAGCAUGAAAUUGUUCGACAGCAUAUGUAACAACAAAUGGUUUACAGAUACGUCCAUCAUACUUUUUCUAAACAAGAAGGACCUCUUCGAAGAAAAAAUAAAAAAGAGCCCUCUCACUAUUUGCUAUCCAGAAUAUGCAGGAUCAAACACAUACGAAGAGGCAGCCGCGUAUAUUCAGUGUCAGUUUGAAGACCUCAAUAAAAGAAAGGACACAAAGGAAAUAUACACCCACUUCACAUGUGCCACAGAUACUAAGAAUGUGCAGUUUGUUUUUGAUGCUGUAACAGAUGUCAUCAUAAAAAAUAAUCUAAAAGAUUGUGGUCUCUUCUAAGUUUUGCAGUGAAUGGUAAAUUGCAUUUUCAAACCAAAUGAGUACUUAUACGGAUCUCUCUAGACUAGAGUCUUGCAGCAACAGAGAAUGUAGGGUAUGGCAGAUGCAUCCGGUACCUCACCAAAGUUACUCUGUUUUUUUUGUUUUGUUUUGUUUUGUUUUGUUUUUACCUGAAAGUAACAGAAGGACCUUUUUUAAGUGUGUAAGAUGGUCCUGCAGUGCAAAGCUGAAGGGCAGCGUUAAAGCUGGGCUCUAGAAUAUCGGUGACUUCUAUGUCUAAGUGUAAAUAUGCAAAUGUAUGUACACAUGUAUUUAUAACUUUAAUUUUCCACAUAACUAUUAGGUUUUAAGAGUGGUAACUUGCAAUUCUAGUGUGAUGGCUUUGAAAAUACCAUAAAUAUCAAGUACCUUGUACUGAAUGACAGACUAUUACUGUGUUUGCCAGUUUUGAAGAGCUUUAUUUAUGUUCAUGUCUUACAGAUUUUUAAGUACAGCAAUUAAUAUUAGGAAACAUUGCAGCCCUUACCCUGAUUAUAUGUAUACUUGUAUUCAUAUAAAUGUUAUUUGUACAAACAUUGCACAGACUAUUUUAAUAACAUGAUUUGUUCUUUAAAUUUACUGUGUUUUAUUGAAAUGUUCUUAAAGAGGAUGAAUAUACCUGCUUUUGGAUCACUUAUUUAAACACUGUAUGGAUUGUCUUUUUUUUUUUUCUUAAUUUGAAGAGUGCAUGCUACUCUGAUUCUACAUUAGAUCUGGUUCAAAUAACUAAAAUUUUAAGUUUUUGAGGAUUUACAAUCUUAAGCAUAUUCUAAACACCUAGUUUUUAUUCGUUAGUUUGCUUUCACUUUGAAUUUUAAUAUUUGGAUGGUGUUCAAUGCAUUGCCUUAAAGGUGAUGCCUGAUUAAUUUUUAUACUCUUGAAAUAACUACACUUUUAUUUAUAACUAAGUUUAGGUGGAGAUGUUGAGAGCAUUUUUGUGGGUUAAAAAAAAGUCAGCAAAAUGAAUUUUGAAGCAUUCAUUUGUGUAUUUCCUUUGGGAAAUCCUUCAUACCUAGCAUUCAUGAUAGUUCCUCCUUAGAGGUUAGCAAGAAAGAUCUUUGUUUAUCCUGCUGCUUCAAAUUCACUUAUGUAACAGGUUUCAAAUUCAGUUAUCACACUACAUUAAAGCUACUUUUUGCUUUUUGGAUACUCAAAUUUCCCCCACUUGCUUGAGUUCAUAUUAUUUCUUUUUAAAUUAUGCUCUUAUUUCUGAAGAAGAAAUGGACAAUGGCACUUGGAAAAUGAGUAAUCGUAUUUAAACGUCAGUGAUUAUGUGUAUGCUCAAAUUAAGUGUUGCUUAUCAGCUAGAUCGUGAACUUGAUGGGAUCCUUUUCUAGGGUUCCUGUUAGUGUGUCUCUGUGACCUUGUUUCAGUGAAAUGAAAAGCCUUCCUCAUCCCACCUCCCUCUUUUUUAUUCAUCUUGGGAAAAACUAGUCUUUCUGCAAGCUUCGUUGGUAAGUGGCUUCUCGGUUUGGUUAUGUGUUGUCGUUUUGUUGAAGUUCAGUUUUGUGUUGUCAUUUUCCUGAAGAAUAGUUGUUGAAGUGUGUGUGUAUGUGUAUGUCUGGGUAGCCACAAACGAUGUAUCUGUUUUCAUUUUAGGGAUUCUGUUUUUCUUCUUUGUAAUGUAAAGAAUUUCAGAGUUAUUGAAAUUUCUUACAUGUGUUAGUUUAGAUUCUUUAUGUGCCUUUCAUGAAAAAUGUUUUCAUUACUUUUAUUGAUGGGAGACCUGUAAUGUCCGCAUUGUGAAGCUAUGUAACUAAAAUUUAACUAAAACAUGAAUAAAUUUGAAUAAUAAGAAAUAUGGUUUAAAAAGCCACCAAGAAGCACAUAUUGUUGAACAUCAUUGAUGAAUUCCUAAACUUUAUUCUGUGUAAUUGUGUUACUAAUAA